AUGGCGGAAGGCCAGCUUCCCGUCGGAGACGAUACACUUGACGAGCUGGGGGAUGAGUUCCUCGAAGAUCUCCCCGACGGAGCUCUGCCCGAUCUCCGCGAAAACGCUGCGCCGUCAGCUCCUGUCAGUGCUCAGCCGCUUCCUUCGGGAGAACCUGCGGCGAAGAAGCUAUGCAGUGAGGGGCAAUCCUCGGCUGCUGGUACCUCAGGCACUGCCUCCGCGCUCCUUUCGGCCCCUCCUCCGGUUCCCCGCGCGAGCUCCUCCGGCAGCUCUGCUGCCACGGCCUCUGCGUCUGGUCGUACACCUGCUCCCUCUGCGCCUCGCCCGGCGCCUGCUUCUCGCUCUCGGCCCGUACAGCCGGAACCUGAAACAGACCAUGCUGCUGCUGGCGCGAUCACUGGCCUUGCUCCCCAUGCUCGCUAUCGGAACCUGCGUCGCCAUCGCACGUCGGUCGGCGCGGUUCUGCAUGCUCUGACGCGCAACACGCAGUCAAUGGUGGACGUGAUUUUCCCCGAGGCUUCUUCGGAGGAGGUUCGUGCCGCGGUGCUUACGCGUAUCUCAGCCCUCAUCAACGGUCAGGCUUUUAACGGUGUCAUCCCCUCGUUUGAAUCUGCGGCUGGUGAGGCCUUGCGGCUUCCCCGCCAUACGUAUUCCAGGCAUACCUUCUCUUGGCCCUCUGCUAAUGACGCUAGAAUCUUUCGCAGCCUCUUCCCGGUCACGGUUCGUCUGGCUAACAACCGUGCGAUGGAAGUCAAGGUUUUCUCUGAUCCCAAUCAGGAGUUCACGACGGCUCGUGCCAGGGGCGACACCUACGUGGUCCUCCGCAAUGUUCCGCUGGGGUACUCUCCUGAGCGCAUGCGCAGCACACUUCUUGCGGGAACGACCGAGGCAGGAUUGCCUUGGCUCUUUGACCUUCGCCUGUUUCACCGUCUCAAGGAUCCUUACGACGACUCGGCGUACUCUCAGCUGCUCGGUCUUCCCGUGGCAGCAGAUGGUGAUGCAGGCUUCGACCGUAUCCCUGCGGUCCUUUGGCUUCCGGGCCAGGAGGACCCUGUGCUUCUCAACAUCUCAUCCCACUCCUGCUCCGUAUGCUCCAGCAAUCACCGCGUGUACGAUCACGCGUGCUUCGCUCUCACCCGCCGUGCGCGCCUCCCGAACCGCCACACCAUCUCGGUGGCCCAGCUGCAAUCUGUCAACGGUCGGCUGAUUGGCCAGCAGCCCGCCCCCGCAGCUUUCAAGAAGGACCCAGGCCUUCUCCUGAUUGGGAUCGACCUGGACGUCGAAGUCUGGACGUGCUCCUUGUGCGAGUUCGAGUGUGGCUUGGCCUUGGACAGUGCCAUGCACCACCUCGCCUCCGAUGCUCACCGCAAGCACCUGCAGGACUCGGCUCACCUGCCGGCUGUCAAAGAGAAAUAUGGGGCCUGGAGGGACGAGGAUUCUGCUCCCUCUGCCUCCCGCUUAGACCGCAUCCACAUCUCUAAGGCUCUGGCGGCCCGUCUCCUUGACGCAAGUUAUUACUCAGUUUCCAAGGAUGUGUCGGACCACAAUCUUGUCCCUUCCUGCUCCUUCCAAUGCGACAGUCCUAACAUAGCCCCACGGCCAUGGCGCAUCCCUCUGGCCAUUCUUAAACGUCCGCAGUUGGAGCUCACUGUUAGAUCGGCUUGCCGCUCUCUCCCUACGACUCUCUCCGCGGCAGAUUGGGACCCUUGGAAGCUGGCCCUGUGCAAUCAAUUCAAAUCCUUCGCUGGGCAAGAAAAGAUCCGAGUCCGAAAAACCAUCUCGCACUUGCAGACUCUCACUUCCCAACUUCGGAUUCACCUUGCCGUUAACCCUACCGACUUAGUAGCCAAGGAACGUCUUCGCAUCGCCUCGCUACAGUUUGAACGAUACGAAGCUAGCCGGUCUGCCGAGUUAGCGCUGAAAGCGAAGCUCAAAGUAGAGGGCCCAAGAGAGAUGGGCGUCUCCUCCCUGCUUGUCGGAGUAAACAACAGGAUCAAGGCAUCUUUAAUAGCCUCGCUACAAUCCCCCUCAGGCUCGACUAUCACCGACCUGCCCGGUAUGUCCGCUUUGUGCACGUCCUUUUUCCAGCAGCUGUAUGGCGGCUCUCAGAAGGUGACCCCCGAUCCCUCCUUUUGGUCCCUUGUCCCUCCCUCCCAGCUUUCCCCUGAGGCUCUCUCCCGCCUCUCGCUCCCUUUCUCUCCCACGGAAAUUUCCAAGGCCAUCGCCUCGCUCCCGAAAGGAAAAACCCCGGGGCCGGAUGGUCUUUCAGGAGAGCUGUUCCGAACCUUCCGAACUCUCUUCACUCCCGCUCUGCACUCUCUGUUUCUUGGAACUCAGGACUCUCUCCCCCAGUCUAUGCUACAGGGCCGGACAGUUCUCAUUCCAAAAAAAAGUGACGCCACAUUGGUCGACAACCUACGCCCCAUCACACUUAUGAACACCGAUUAUAAGGUACUGGCGAUUUGCCUGGCUAAUCGCCUUCAACCUCUUUUGCCUUCCCUCAUCAACCACUCACAGACCGCCUUCAUCAAGACCCGUAGGAUUGGGGACACACUUAAUGACACCUUGGACAUCUUCGACUGGGCCACGGCACAGUCAUUACCCCUUCUUGCACUCACUGUCGACAUUCGGAAGGCGUAUGACAUGGUCGACAGAGAUUUCCUCUUCACCUGCCUCUCCCACCUCGGCCUUCCUGCCACCUUCAUCCACUGGGUCAAAUUGAUGCAUUCAGGCACCACUACCCGAAUUUCCGUGAAUAACUUCUGCGGUCCUUCUAUACCUGUCAUCACCGGUGUCAGGCAAGGAUGCCCGCUGGCUCCGUUACAGAAAUUUUCCACCGCUAUACUUCCUGCUUCUUGCCUGGAUUCCCUAUUUCCCGCACCCAACGCCGACUGA